AUGAAGACCGCCCUCGCUGCCCUCGUCGUCGUCUUGGCUGCCGGAACGGCGGCCAGGCCCAACCAGCAAGGCCCCAAGCCUAGCUUCCUCGCGCCGCGCACCAUCCACAAGAACUGGAACGCGCCUCGUGCCGACGACGGCGGUUUCCUCGCCGCUCGCGCAAACGCCUUAUCCCCUCGAGAAUUCAACGCAUACCAGUCCUCGGAAGUGUCCCACGACCUCCUCAACACCGACAACGUGUUCAACCUCGACAAGCGCGCCACGUCCGGAAAAUGGGAGAACUUGAACGGCAGCAUGGCCUCGUACCCGAGCCCGGUAUCCUGGGGCGGGAACCGCAUGGACCUCUACUACAUGGGGGUGACGGCUCACUGGGAGGACUUGGGCGGCACCGUCGACGGCGCGCCUGCGGCAUGUGCCUGGAAGGGCCAGCUCAACGUCUACGUCAAGGGUGACGACGGCGCCUGCUGGCAUAGGGAGUACAAGGGUGACAAAUGGGGUAACUGGCAGAACCUCGGAGGGGAACUGAAAUACCCUCCUGACGUGGUCGCGUACGACGACAAGAUGGAGGUGUACAUCACGGCCCCGGAUGACGCACUGUAUCGCAGGACGUGGGAGGACGACAAGUGGUCGGACGAUUGGGAGUACAUGGGUGGGAGCGUGGACUCCAAGCCGAACCCGAUUGUGUGGGAUAAUGGGCAGGUUGAUGUAUAUGGCAAGGAACGGACGGGGAUGCAAGCGAUGCUAUGGCUGAGAGCGCUUGAUAUUGGGAUGGUUUUGAACAGUGUAUAG